AUGCAGAGUAACACUGAUUCCAGCGGCACCAGUGGCACGUACAGUCAAACGGUCGGCCUUCUAUACGUGUUCAAUUUGAUCGUCGGAACUGGGGCGUUGGCACUCCCUAAGGCAUUUCAAUCGGCUGGAUGGCUCCUCAGUAUCAGUCUGCUUACAUUUUCGGCGUUCAUGAGCUACGUCGCCGCCACAUUCGUCAUUGAAGCUCUCUCCGUCGCCAACGCAGUGCUCUCCAAAAAACGGCGUGUUGAGUAUGACGACGUCGUUGUCGCUGAUGGACCAUCAACCUUUGAGAUCGCUAAGAAAGUUGAAGUGAGCGAAAUGGCAUCCAUGUUCUUGUCCAAGGUCUCACUGGUGUUUUCUUACUUUGCGAUCAUUAUCUACUUGUUUGGUGAUCUUGCGAUUUAUUCGACCACCGUCCCGAAGUCAGCUAUGAACAUUGUUUGCUCUACUAUCAAUGCGACAAUUGUAAAGUCCUCGGAUCCAUGCCACGAGUCGUGGCCAGAAAUUCUGACCCGCAUGACAGUCUACCGAUUCUUCGUGAUCGUUUUUGUAGUGGUUGUGUGCCUCCCAAUGGUCAUCGCCGGGAUUACCAAAACUCGUCACAUCCAAAUCAUGACUACUCUCUCAAGAUGGGCUGCAUUCAUUCUGAUGAUCUCAUUGGCCACGAUGCAGUUGUCCAGUCAAGGAGCCGCUGCUCAUCCGCCAGCGUAUAAUUUCCAUGGAUUCGGAUCACUUUUUGGUUGUGCGGUGUACGCCUUCAUGUGUCAUCACAGUAUUCCAUCCUUGAUCACUCCAAUGAGAACUAAAGAAAACGUGUUUGGAAAAAUCGCUGUAGUCUAUGGAAUCGUUGGAGUCUUCUACUUCACUCUUUCCCUUACCGGAGCCUUCGCCUUCGAGCACGUGCAGGACAUCUACACCCUUAACUUCCUCCACGACGACAACACUUCUUUAGUCUACUCCAUCAUUGACUACUUCUUGGCUCUAUUCCCAAUCAUCACUCUCACCUCCAGCUACCCUAUUAUCGCUCUAACACUGAUCAACAAUUUUAAAGUGGUCAAAGACAUUUUGUGUCCAAAGACUGGGCAGGAGAACGAGUCGCUUCUCGAAGCUGAUAACCAGGUUGAGGACAAUGAUACCGAUGAUGAGCGCGAGGCCAGAAAUGGGAACCCUAAGACGAUUUUCGACGUACUCGUGCCAACGCUGGUCUUGGCUCUUCCAACUUUUUUGAGUUUGCUCACCGAUGACAUGUUGCUCCUAGCUUCAAUUACUGGAAGUUUCCCAGGAGUCGCUGUCCAAUUUGCAAUCCCAUGCCUCUUGGUCACCGCUGCUCGUAAACACGCCCGAUCUGUUCUCAACUUCCCGGUGCCACGCAAGAACAACAGCCCAUUCCAAAGCCGCUUCUGGAUUAUGCUUAUCUCGUCGUGGGCCGGCUUCUCAAUGAUUAUGGUGCUCUUGAAUCUGGUCGGUGUCAAGUUCUAG